AUGACCGCUCGAAGCGGAGAACACUGGCCACUAGUCUUGGACUAUAGAUCUGAGGCCACUGUUGGCACACUUCUUCUCAUCACUCGUCAGCUUCAUCCCAAGCCACCAGAGACCGCAUCUUACUCCAACUCACCUCGACCCAUCUUUUCCCUACCGCGCUGCAUAACAUCGCGCCUCACUUUGCUUCAUUUCUCCCCAGCUCACUUCGCAUCACCUUGGCUCACCGUCAUUCUCCCAACUCACAUGUCCAGAGGAUAA